AUGAAUCGUAUCGACGAGGAAGAAGAUAGUGCAGACCCUACAGCGGCAAUAACUACAAUUGAUCCAUUUCCUUCUGUCCAACCAUCGCGGCAACAUAGUAGUGACAGCAUUUAUCCAAGUAAACAAUCGAACAAGACGAAAACUCGUUUAAAAGAUCACUCAUCGCAUCGAACAACUUCGUUAUCACCGACAAGACAGUCAUCAUCCAGUGAUGAUAUAUCUACUAAUAUAAAACAACGUCGACGGUAUGCAAGUGAUUCGACUACAAAUCAUAUAAAGAAUAUUCCUGCCUCGCUUGUCAUUUCAUUUCUUCGACAUUUACGUAACGAAUUACGUGCUACAAGUAACAAAAACAAUGGUUAUCAUCAUGUUAAGCAGACAUCUAGAGAAAGAGCGAAUUCCGGAACAAUAUUGGAUAUGAAUAAUCGAACAGCGAAUGACAGUCCAUGUGAACCAGCAGAUAAUAAUGAAAUCUUAACAUUAAUCGACUUACUCGUACUCCGCGUCGAAUGUUUAGCCAACGAAGCAAAAUCUAAAAGUAAGACGAAGAAAGCCAACUGUCCAACCGUUGCUGAAGUUGAUCAGAAUUUAAUCGAAUAUCUCUAUUAUCUAUUUACGAAAUUUAUCAACGACGAAGCCAAUGCCUCGGACACAUUACGCAUUCCGAUCAUUGACAAGAGUAACUUCGUGAAUGUUUGUCAAACUUUAGUACGAAACGGUUGUUUUGAUAUACCACCAGGCAAUAUCUCAAUGUCACCCGAUCAUUCGAGUUCGGAAACAACAAGUAGCAGUGAUAAGACCUUAACUCAACAGACAUUGAUACGGGAGUAUCAUCACGAUACGGAUACGAUGAUGGCAGAAAAAUCAUCUCUUGAUGGAGAGAAUCUUUCAACAACAUCAGCUGAACAAGAAGCAUGGUUAGUCGUAGAUUUGGAAGAUUCAAUCGCUGUUUCAGAAGGCGUGUGUCAAUUAACAUUAUCGCCAUCAGAUGAACAAUUAUUAAUCAGCAACGAUAAUUAUCGAUCAUUCGAAUCUGAGUCAACACCUAGCAUUUACCUAUCGCCGAAUUCAUCUUCAUUCGAUCUAUUAAACAUGGUACAAACAUCCGAAGAGAGUGAUAGUAACAAUAACAACUUAUUGCCGAAUCAAAAUGAGCUUCUCUCGACCAAUGCUAGCACAGAGCAAACACCUAACCUAUCCAAUGAUAAUAUUUGUACAGGAUUAUCUAAUGUUGAUAAUGAUAAUGCUAAUCAUUCUGCAGAAGCAAGUGAACCACAGCAAACAGAUUCUGCUGAUAGAAUGUCCCGACGUGAGAAGAAACGCCAGGAACGUUGGUUGAUUUCGACUAAACCGGACAAAACCGAUAGCGAUCCAUCAAAGACAUUGCUAACUGUCGAAUUUCCACCUAUAGCUGUUCUACGACGCAAAACUUCACCGGCCACAAGCAAUCGACAACAAGAUUCUUCAGAUUCAAAUCUAUCAACAAAAGUCGAGGUUAGUUGUGUGAUUCUUGUUUAUACGAAAUGA